AUGCUCAUCCUGACCCCGUCAAAGGUGAAGUUCGCUGGCACAGCAGGGAUCAAGUUCGAGGCACUGGAAGAGCACAGCUCGGUUCUAUCGCUGAAGAAUCGCUUCUGGGUUCAAAAUCACAUCAAAGGGGUGCAUGCAUGCGGCAUGGCGCUUCUCGCAGAGACAGCGACAGGUUCCGUGAUCGGCAUGAACGUCCCCGACAGUUGCAUCCCCCUCCUCAAGUCGAUGACGGUGGAGUACCUCAAGGUUGCCAAGGGGGACCUGAAGGGAGUGGCGACGCUCGAUGAGGAGCAGCGGAGGCUGAUCCGUGAGAGCGAGAAAGGAGAGCUCGUCGUUCCUGUCAAGAUCACGGACUCGGAGGGGAAGGAGCCUAUUCGCGCGACAAUGCUGUGGGCAUGGAUUCCCCGCACGAGGAAGGCAAAGGCGGAGUGA